AUGUUUGCGGUCUUGGAAGCCGGACGUUACUUGUACGGUGAUGUGUUGGUCGACCUCAUAACCUCGGUCGUGUACCCGGAAGCCGACCUCAGGCUGAAGGUGAGUGCGGUGUCUCGACCAAUCGAUCGAUAGUAAAAUUGACUCACUCGGUCGAUAACCAUUAUAAAAGAUAGGGAAUACGUUUGAUACGGGUUAAGAUGCGGUUUUUCAUUGUUUUCCCGUUUGCUCUACAUCUCUUUUGUUGAGAUUAACAUAGUCGAGACUGUGUAUUUACAGGCAAUUAACCUGUUUACAGUAGUUUAUAGCCCUAAAUUGGCCAAAGUAAAAAUAAAGGCCGACCUUUACCUUCCUUUAGAUUAAUUUUACAUCCUUUGGACCCAAACGUAAUAUGUUUAGUUAAAAACUGUUAAAACCCUUUCUGCUCAUAACAUGUACAUACCUUUAUAUAUGAUAAGCCCCAACUGAUAACCGGGUUUAGGGAGGCCUGAAGCGUGAUGCGAGUGGACUGGGCAGUUGGCUGGGAGUGGCAGGCAGCAUGAGUGUAGCCAGUUUCUUGCUGCUCACCUUCCUUAUACUGCUCGUCAUCGCCAUAUUACACAUACCACUGCCUUACGAGAUAUGUGAUCGUCACAAAGUGCAAUUCUUCGAGUUUUUACUACGUGUUUCAAAUGAAUAUCUUGUAAGUUUUAGUUAUAGACAUUGUUGUAGAGGACUUAGCUCAUUAUUUUAAGUUUGUUAACUUCUUAUAUUAUAGUUGGUUUAGGCUUAUCAUUUCAUCGAAACAUAGCAUUACUUCUGUUACAUCUUUUUAUAGUAGUAAGCGUAUACAUAUUAUUUUAUCUUGACUAAUUUGACUUGAAACAUUCCGCUCGCUGUGGCUGACCACCAGCUGUGUUAUCUUAAGCGACUCGAACCAACGCUCACUCUCUAACCCAAUUUUAAGAACCAGAAUAGUUUCGACGAACACCUAACAUAAUAUACUCAUUACAUUUCAGGGUAAUAUAAUAGAGCUGAUCUUCGGUGUGAGACUGCGCAACUGCUUUACUCGCUUCGUGGCCGGUAUUCCUUAUUUAUUCCAAAGUAAAGCCCCGAAAUGGUGUAGUAUCAAGGAAGAGCAGAUAGCUGGGGUCACCUGCAGAGUCUAUUUACCUGACAAAAGCACUCGGAGGAGUGACAGUCUGAUCAUCUUCAUUCACGGCGGAGGAUGGUGCAUAAUGAGGCCUCGUAAGUAGAAUAUAAAGAUUGACAGAGUAAUUGUAAAUAGUUUUAAAAAGUAGUUUUGUUAUGGCAGCUUUGAUCACAGAAUCAAUCUUGGUUAUUUCUAUUAACAGUUUUGACACAUUCUAUCAAAACAUACUUCAAAAUUUCAUAACUUACCAUAUCAACUUUCCCUACGUUAUCAAGUAUGUUAAGAGUUACUUGUUUAUAUAUUACCAGUUUGCUCAAAAGUAAAUAGAAUCUUAUAAAUUUAAGUCGUUUUUUGAUUUUUCUAUUGAUUUUCUGACCAAGAUGAUAUCACAUGAUCAGUUUACGAUCAGCUGUUACAUCACAAUGUUUUUUAUGUCACCACUGUUUACAGAGUUGUAACCUCUAAAAUCUGCUUCCUUGUAAUCUUUAAUUUUCCAAAGUUUCUGUUGUUACGACAGUGUUCGAUAUGCUUCUGGAGGUAUUACACACGGAAUUAAUCAUUAAAACCUAACGAACGUUCGCUUUACAACGGAAUGUGAACAUCCAGCACAUGAAUAUAUUGUGAUAGCACAGUCAUAGUUGUAGCCUUGAGUUUACUUGAAUCUUGAUAAGAUAGUCAAAAAUACAAAAGCAUAAGAAAGCUUAAAAUUACCGCACUGUAACUCAAUCCUUUUAUUACUCUACAAUAACGUCACCUAUUACCACACAAACAUACCACGGUCAUUACAAGUAUAUCGUGGUCAUUACAGGCUUCUAUGACGGUCCAUUACUGUCGCUAAUACGACGAACCGGAACGCCGAUCAUAUCCAUCGACUACGAUCUGGCGCCAGAGAAGCAGUUUCCUCACGCUAUCCUACAGUGCGAAGGAGUAAUUAAAGAGCUGUACGAGAGAAGGUAGGCUUCCACCGAAGUCACGGUGAAUACGACUAUUUCAGAUUCCUCCAGUACCAAGUGAACCCCGAGAAGAUUGUACUGAUGGGUGACAGUGCUGGUGGUAACCUGACUGCUGUAGCUUGUCAACGAUUGAAAAGAGAAGGGAAAGGGCAUUACAUCAAGGUAACUGCGACUAACAAUCACUAACACAUUAAAGUAAACAAUAACCUUAACAAUUACAAUAUCUUUCUAAACAUUUCUUAUAUUAACCUUACGAAUAGAACAAAAAAAGCAUUACGGUAUAACAAAGCCGGACUGUAAUUACAGUAGCCGAACAAAGACAGAUUAACCUGUAAAUAACAAAGACUCAAUACCAUAAACAACAGAUUACCACGGUAAUUUCAGUCUCAAAUCCUUGUUUAUCCCGUUAUCCACAUGUUCGACUUCUUGUCGCCGUCGUAUCAAUUAUAUUACUAUCGCUACAAAGGAACGGCGCUUCUGAAUCCAUUCUCGCUGGCUAGAUGGUACUUGAUGUACGUUGGAAUAGAGCCGAGCAUGAAGAACAUCAAGUUGAUGAUCAAGAAUCAGCAUUUGCAUAAGUAAGCAUUCGGUGCUAGACUAUAUUCUUUACGAACAACUUUUAAAAUUCCAACUUUUUCUAUGCUACAGUAUACGAAACAUGUAAACAGUAACUUUACAGUAGUGUAUCAAAUAAUUCUUUACGAAACAUCACUUUGUUGACGAAAAUCAAUGAAAAUUACACUUUUUUUAUUGAUUUUAGUCAUCAGUACUGCCACCAAUUAAUUAAGACACACUUCGUAGCCUUUUUUACAUUACUGUAAAGCAAAAUUAAUCAAGUUACUUUGCAGAGAAGUCGUCGAUCAUGUCGAGACUUCAGCCUUAGCUCACCAUCAUCGUCUGCCUAUGGCAUGGACAGACAAAUCAACAUAUCGAAAGCCAAUGCCUUCCCCUAACUCAUGUCCUCAGGUAAAAUAUUGUCUUCAAUGAUAGUCAAAACAUUUUUUUUUAUAAUUUUUUAAAAAAUUUAAAACGGUUUUUAAUAUUAAAAAGAUUAAAAAUGAUUUUGAAUAUAUAAAUAGUCUACAACCCAUAUUUUGAACACUUCUAAAUACAAAAACCUAAUCUUGUUUACCCAGAACAACACUCAAAACCCAGUAAUAACCUUCUCUUUUUAGCUAGCCGAAAAGUUCCGCCAACUCCUCACCAACCCUGACAUCUGCCCCAUCGUCGAAAAAGAUUUGUCCAAUCUGCCACCAGCUUUAGUUAUGACAGCUGGCAUCGAUGUCCUCAGGGAUGAAGGUGUACAUUAUGCUACACGACUAAAGGAGAACGGCGUCAGAACACGGUGGAAUCACUACGAAUCCGCCUUUCACGGUGUGAUGAACAUGCCCAAGAGCAAACAGCGAAAGCAGAUGCUGGACGACAUUCAUGCACAUCUGAUAGAGCUCAAGCUACUUUAA